AUGCCCUGUUCUACAUCAGAGAUCGUUCAGCAAGAUUUUUUUCAAGAAGCAAAAACUCUCAUUGCCCGACAUUAUGAAAGAAUAAAUGAGAAUAAAAUUCAAGGUCCUUCUAUAAAUGUCUUUAGAAAUAAACAUCAAAAACUGAAAUCCAGCAAAUACAUACCAUUAAAGAUUAAAAAAAAGGAAUCAUUUGAUGUCCAAGAACAUCGGACAGCACUUAGAAGUAUUGGUUUCUCCAAGGAACUUUCUAAAAGUGAAACUUUAGAGGAACCCUCAAGACAACAAACUUAUUUUAAGGAGCCACACAUUUCUAAAAUAAAGGAAAAAUACCAGUGUAUAGAUCUUUUUACAAAAGAACAAGUUAAACUGCGUAAAAUAAUGAUUGAUAUUGAAUCCGUGAGUAAAAAAAUGGAGAAAGAAAAGCAACAGCAACCUGGGAAGUCUAGGCAUAGAAGGUCAGAGAAUUUCCUCUUUCCGUUUCCUCUCCCCCUUUAUCUGCAACCCAAUGAAUCCCAAAUUGAAUUAAUAAAAAGAAAUAGCAAAACAGUCCAUGAUUGGAGAGGAGUCGUGACAACAAAGUCUUUCCACUUUCCCUAUGAGUCUGGUCGGAGUUUCCUGAAAUCAUCAGCACUAUAUCGGGACUAUUUCUCUGUAACUUUUAAAACCUUUGUGAAAAAAGAGCAACAACCUAUAGUGCCAGCAUCAAAGCCAGGACCCAGGGUAAAACCUGUUAUAAAUAAAAGUGAUAAAUUGGACAGUAAAGUUAAAAGAAUUGGACCACACAUAGAAAUCUUCCAGGUAUUCCAAGCAAAAAAGAAACUCAUCAUUACCAAAAACACCAUUGAAAUGAUCACCCUCAUACAGGCUUAUGUCAGGGGGUGGCUUGAACGCAGGAGAUUACAAAGACUAAUGACCAAGGCUUUGUAUCAUGGACCAAAUUUGAAAGAAGUUAUCAACAUGUAUCGGGGAGUAAUCUACCGCAUUAGAUAUCGACUUGGUCUCUGGAGAACAAGACAAAUUAUAAAUUUUGCUGAACUGGAGGAAUGGAUGGACAGAAAAAGAUUCUAUGAAACAAUGUUUGCCAAGAGAGAAUGUUGCCAGGGAUUACAAAGAAGUGAGCUCCUUAAGUACUUUAGAGAAUGUGGUCAUUACCCAACCCAGAAACAGGUUGAUGAGUACUGGGACUUGUUCAAUAAAGAUAAGCCACAAAAAUAUCCUGAAGUGAUCAAAAGGGCCAGUGUAAUUGAACUGUUAUUUACACUCUACCCACCUCAGGGUGCCCAUGUGGGUAACAAAGGUAAACUAAAGUCAACCUGGCUGAGACCCAUAGUAAAUGGAGAAGAAGGACAUAAAUACAUAGUGAACGGACAUCCAAUAAUCAAAAGAGCUAACAUCCAGCUUGUUGGGAAGUUGGUGGCCAGAUCCAUAAGAGAAAGGAAAAUGAGAGAGUAUUAUAAAUCAUGAGAAGUUUAA